GGCAUUGGUAGAAAUUCGGGUUGAGUGUAAAUUAGGCCUGUAUUAAUUGAAUAGAUAGAACUAUUUAAGUACUUUAAAAAUACGUGAUCUCGAUAAAUAAUUAAUUCUGAUUACGUUGGAGGUGAUUGGUAAAUGAGUAAAUAAUAAAAUGUUUGACUAUACGUAAAUACUUAAAUAAACACUUAAAAUAAAAUAAAGUAUCAAGUACAUAAAAAGUUAUAAUUAUCAACCACACGCGACGAUCGUCUGGACUUGGACCAACAUAGAUUCAGCAGUAAGCUCAAAACCCAAAUUAUUAAAACAAUUAAUAAUUCAGUAUAAGUAUAAUUCAGUACAGUUAAACGUCUCCUUCACUAACAAAUAACAGUACAAAAUAUUUAAAAAACUACGAGAACACAUAGUCACAUUAAAUCUAAUAAAAUUAAUAUGAAAUAAAAGACAAUAUUAUGUUGUUGGUAGAAUAAAUGCAGACUUAGGAUAAAGAAAGACAGUAAUGGAAUAUCAGUCAGGACACUAAAUUGCAGUAAAAAUAUGUAUCGGCGUAAUAUCUUUUUAACAAACAGCGCAAUGUCUGGAAAUAUGGAUUUUAGAGAAGCUCUAGCAGCUAGAUUACAAAUUAUUCAACCAUCGUUACAACAAAUCCGGGAUUUUAUUAAAAACCAUCCAUUCCAUUUAACACCCGGAAUCAAUGAUCUUGUUGAAAAGUUACAACAAAAAAACAUACCUGUGUAUUUAAUAUCUGGUGGUUUUCGAGGGUUAAUAGGACCAAUAGCAAUUGAACUCAGCAUUCCGCUUCAACAUAUUUAUGCAAACAAACUUAAAUUUUUUAUGAAUGGCGAUUAUGCUGGAUUUGAUGAAAAAGAACCUACUUCAAAAAAUGGUGGCAAGGCUGAAGUGAUAACAUUGUUGAAAGAAAAAUAUGGUUACACUAAACUCGUUAUGAUUGGAGAUGGUAUUACUGAUUUGGAAGCAUGCCCUCCAGCUAAUGCAUUUAUUGGCUUUGGUGGCAAUAAAGUACGAGAAGAAGUGAAAUCAAAAUCAAAGUGGUUUGUUGAGAGCUUUCAGGAUCUUGUCGAGGCCUUAUAACUCAUUCUUCUUAUUAUUUAUAAAAUAUUUUUAUUGAAAUUAUUUCAUAGUUUAUUAUAAUGUUAAAAAAAUAUAUGUCGUGCUACAAAUAAAAUUAUGAUUGUGAAUAAAUCAACAUACAAAAUAUAAAA